UUAAAUAACUAUUUUAUUUCAGAAUUUAACAAAUUUCACUAAGUUAAAUACAGGAGAGCAUAUUAGAUACCAUAACUCACACACCCUCUCCCGCCCAAGCGCCGCCGCCGUCUCCGCCGGAGCUGAAACGCUGGUUGUAGCGCUGAUAGGCUGUUCAUAUUCGUACAGAAUUAAAGGGUUGGUUUUUUCCGAAAUCACAAUUAGAAUGGCCAACAUCAUGCCUAUUUCCACCGAAUCCUGCAAGAUUGGUUUCAUCGGGGCUGGAAAAAUGGCAGAGAGCAUCGCCAGAGGUGUCAUCAAUUCAGGGGUUUUUCCGGCUUCCAAUGUCCGGACUGCUCAUCUUGGCCAGAGGCGUACUGUCUUUGAAUCAUUUGGCACAAAAGUCUUUGAUCAGAAUAGUCAGGUAGUCCAAGAUAGUGAUGUGGUUAUAUUCUCCGUGAAACCUCAAGUUGUCAAAGACGUGGUGCUACAGUUAAGGCCACUUCUUUCAGAGAAGCAGCUAUUAGUCUCUGUUGUUGCUGGAGUCAAGCUAAAAGAUUUGCAGGAGUGGGCUGGUCACAGCCGAUUUAUUAGGGUAAUGCCCAACACCCCAGCUGCUGUUGGUGUGGCUGCGUCUGUUAUUACUCUGGGGGACGCAGCAACCAAGGAAGAUGGAGAAUUGAUCAGUAAAUUAUUUGGAGCAAUUGGCAAAGUUUGGACAACUCAGGAGAAGCUGUUUGAUGCUAUCACCGGCCUGAGUGCUAGUGGACCGGCAUACAUCUUUUUGGCGAUUGAAGCUUUAGCCGAUGGAGGUGUCGCUGCUGGUCUUCCACGUGAACUCUCACUUGGCCUGGCUUCUCAAAUGGUACUGGGAGCAGCAUCAAUGGCGGUGAGCACGGGCAAGCACCCUGGCCAGCUGAAAGACGAUGUGGCGUCGCCUGGUGGCACGACUAUAGCUGGGAUUCACGAACUGGAAAAGGCUGGCUUUCGAGGCAUACUGAUGAACGCAGUCGUUGCUGCUGCCAAGCGCGGCCAAGAGCUUUCUAAGAACUAGAUUCCAUGCUAUAUCUUGCAAAUAAUUACCCAUGUUAUGAGUAUAUGUACUCGUCACUCUUUCUCCUAAAUAUGGUAGGAUGUCAUUAGCAAUAGCUAAACUAGUAUUAUAUCUCUCUUCUGCAUUAGUUUGAAGAGGAUAAAUAAUGCCAUUAGACAACAUGAUGUAAACAAUUGUGUUUGCUCUUGACUAUGAAUGUCUAGACAACAUUACUUUUCAUGACAAAAAAGGGUAUAUAACAAGGUUUUCUGUAGACCUCA